AUGUAUGAUCAAUACUCAUCUAUAUUCCAUUCUCUACAUGGUAUCAGAGCUAAUUCUUUAAACAGAGUUUUUUUUCCAUCGCUUCACUCCUCUUUUACUUAAUGACGUCUGAUUCCAGUUCGACGGCUUCAUCCAGCCCCAUUCGGAUGUCCGCGUCAAAGCAUUUUCCAAUCAAGCUCACCAAGUCCAAUUACCUCGUUUGGCGGCGUCAGGUUCAAACCACCCUCGUCAGUUUGGAUCUCCUUGGCUACGUUGAUGGCACGCUCAAAAUGCCACCUCCCUUUCUUAAUGCUGCCCACAAGCAGCCAAAGCCUGCAUAUACCUUUUGGUACCGUCAGGAUGCGAUUCUUCUUAGUGCAAUUCUUGGAAGUUGCACAAAUCUUGUUCAACCGUUGAUCUCCCUUACUGAAACUGCAGCGGAUGCCUGGUCUCGUCCUGUCUCUAAUGAGGAUCCCUCUGUUCACAUCAUGUCUCAACUUGGUGACGACUAUUCCUCUCUCUAUCAGUCCUUACGGGGGUGCAAUGCUGAUGUCUCUAUUGAUGAACUCACUACUAUCUUGAAGGACUGUGAGCGUGAAAUCCUUGCUCGCUAUGCUGUCUCGGGAGACCUAGUUCCCACUGCAAAUCAUGCUCAGCGCAUGCGCAACAAUGAUCGUGGUGGAGGUUCUACUUGUCCUGGUUUUUCUGGUGUUCCUCGGGGUGGUCUACGUGGACGUGGAAACUUCAAUCCGAGUCGUGGAGGUCACUAUUGUCAGUUCUACGACCUGGCAAGCCAUGAUACCCGGUUUUGCAGAAAGCUUCAACGAUUUCUCCGCAAAAAUAAUGUUACUAUUGCUCCUUCUCGUCCGGAUGGUCCUGCGGCUCAUGUCACUAUCUCUAAUGACACUACUGGACAGCCAAUUCCUCCAUGGAUUGUGGAUAGCGGUGCCUCUCACCAUGUUUCUAAUGAUCCUACCUCACUGACCUCUUUGAUGGAAUACGGUGGACCGGAUGAAAUUCGUUUGGGUAACGCAUCAAUGUAUGAUCAAUACUCAUCUAUAUUCCAUUCUCUACACUGACCAUUUUGGGAACCCUUUUGAACUAAACAUUAACUUGAAAACUUGUGUUAGGCUUAAAAUUUUUUCAAGAAUGCAGAGAUUUGUUCAAUAAAAUUUUAUGAAAGUUUAUAAACACACAACUUGGUCAGGAGAGUUUGGUAAAGAUAAUUUUAUGAAAAUUUCCAAAUCUUACAGCUUUAGCAUUAAAAAACAAACAUAGUUUAUAGGUAGCAUAAGAAGUCUUUGGUGCAUUGUCCAAAAAAAUAGUAAGAUGUUA